AUGGUUCUUGAAAGAUAUAAUGUCAAAGAUAAAGAUUGGCUGGUGAGGACAUUCAAACUAAGAGAGAAAUGGGCUUUGGUCUAUGGUAGAGAUAUUUUUUGUACAAACAUGACUACUACUCAACGGAGUGAAAGUAUGAAUAAUGUUCUGAAGCAUUAUGUUAGCUAUCAGCAUAAUAUGUUGCGAUUCUUACAAAAUUUUGAAAGGUUAGUUGAUAAUCGUCGAUACGAAGAAGUAAAAGUAGAUUUUAGAGCAACUCAAUGUAAGUUACCACCAUCUCUUCCAAUUGAAAUUCUAAAUCAUGAUGCUUCUAUAUACACCCCAGCAAUUUUGAAAAUGUUUCAAUUUGAAUUUUCAAAAGCAUACAAUUGUGUUAUGGAAAUUCGUCUUGAGCAUGAGACAAAAACAACAUGCAAGUUGACUCCUAAUGGUAAACGUUUUCAUCAUACUGUCAAAUAUGAUUCAUCAAAUGACCCAGUUUCAUGCAGUUGCAAGAAGUUUGAGUUUGCAGGAAUAUUGUGCUCACAUGUUCUUAAAGUUCUUUCUUCUCGCAAUAUUGGAAAAAUUCCUUCUUAG